UGGUCGGCGCACCCCAGCGCGGCGCCGGCGAGGAGGCCGCAGCCGAUUCCUUUCGCCUCAGAGCGGCGGCGUGAGCGUCGGGCCGGGCGGGCGAGGAGGUGCCGCCGCUGCAGCUGCCGCCCCCUUCGCCAUGGCUUCGUCUUCCUGGGCUCCGAAGGUCUUUCGUUUACUUGGGGGGUUCAAAACUCAAAAACAGGUGACCAGAAAUUUUGCUAGUGCUACUCGGACAGUAACGUUGAUCCCAGGAGAUGGCAUUGGGCCUGAGAUAUCUGCUGCUGUGGUGGAGAUCUUUGAAGCCGCUAAGGUCCCUGUUCAGUUUGAAGAAAGAAUCGUGACCGCGAUCCAAGGACCUGGAGGGAAGUGGAUGAUACCACAAGAUGCCAAAGAAUCCAUGGACAAGAACAAAAUAGGAUUGAAAGGCCCUCUGAAAACUCCCAUAGCUGCUGGCCACCCGUCCAUGAACUUACUGCUCCGUAAAACGUUUGAUCUUUAUGCAAAUAUCCGCCCUUGUGUGUCCAUCGAGGGCUACAAGACCCCUUACACAGAUGUCGAUAUCGUCACCAUACGGGAGAACACGGAAGGCGAGUACAGCGGCAUCGAGCACGUGAUUGUUGAUGGUGUUGUGCAGAGCAUUAAACUCAUCACAGAAGAUGCAAGCAAACGGAUUGCUGACUUUGCUUUUGAAUACGCCAGAAAUAAUCAGAGGAGCAAAGUUACUGCUGUGCAUAAAGCUAACAUUAUGCGAAUGUCUGAUGGUCUGUUUCUGAAAAAAUGCAGGGAUGCGGCAGAAAACUGCAAAGAUAUUAAGUUUAAUGAAAUGUACCUCGACACUGUGUGUCUGAAUAUGGUGCAGGAUCCAUCUCAGUUUGAUGUCCUUGUCAUGCCAAACUUGUACGGGGACAUACUUAGCGAUCUGUGUGCGGGCUUAAUCGGGGGUCUUGGUGUGACUCCAAGUGGGAAUAUUGGUGCUAACGGAGUUGCAAUCUUUGAAUCGGUUCACGGAACAGCUCCGGAUAUCGCCGGCAAAGACUUGGCUAACCCAACGGCGCUUCUCUUGAGUGCCGUGAUGAUGCUGCGCCACAUGGGGAUGCAAGACCAUGCCACUAAAAUAGAGACAGCAUGCUUUCAGACCAUCAAAGACCAGAAGGUCUUGACCAAAGACUUGGGAGGCAACGCCAAGUGUUCCGAGUUCACAGCAGAGAUCUGUCGCAGAGUGACAGCAAUGGAAUAAAAGUCUGCUCCGUGUCCUCCUGGUUUCGGUCACUCCUAAAAGAUGCUGUUAUUUAUUACAUGUCAAAUCCAUUUCCUUUCUUUUUCUAGAAGUAAACUCCUUUCCAUUUCUGUUGCUUGAAAUAAUGAAAUUGUUAGCUGCCUUGCAUUUCAAACCCUUCUACUUUCCAGAAACACUCCACAAACUGAAGUAUAAUUUUUCUCACCCCGACGGUUAGAAGACACUCCUCAGGUCAUCCUUAAGCAGCUUCUUGGCAUUAAAAGAGCACAAGAUAACUUUUCCUUUGGAAAGAGAGAUUUUUCAUCACUCACUCCUGGAACCCGCCCUUCCAAAGCAUGAAGACUUGAAACUUUGGAGAUUUCAGCUAUUGUACAUAAAAUGUAAAGUAUCCAGAUUUUAAGGGCAGAUGGUUAUGCUGGUCUCUGAGCAUAAUUUUGAUUUGAUUUGAUGGGCAGAAGGAAUACCAUUAAACAGUAAAACGUA